AUGGUCAGCCAAGGAGUAAGGUGCUGGAGAAUAGAGCACACUGUGGUCUCCCCGGUGCUGCGUCUUUCCUGUGGGAUGAAGAUGUGCUCCCUGGGGCUGCGUCUUUCUGAUGGGAUAAAGACAUUCUGUGUUACGAAGAGAAUGCCCUAUUUGUCAGAAAAGGCCUUCUUACUCCCGAACCGGGUUCUUUUCCACUUCGCCAACUUCCCUAAUUGCUUCAAUCGGCUCUUCCAUCGAACUGCCCUCCAUUUUGCAUCCUGUUAUGGACAUGAAGAAAUAGUAAAUAUUUUAGUGGAAAACAAUUGUGAAAUCAAUGCAGCUGACAACCAGAAGACAACCCCAUUGGUAAAGGCAGUACAAAUGUGUAAAGAAGUCAUCGUAUCUUUGCUCCUUGAACACGACGCUGACCCAAAUAUAAAGGAUGCUAAUGACAACUCAGCUUUGCACUACGCAGUCUACGUGGGCAAACCGCCCAUCGCUGCCCUUCUCCUUUCUUAUGGCGCAAACAUCGAGGAAAAGACGAAGGACGGCUUCACUCCUCUACUCCUGGCCCUCAGAGAGAACCAACUACUAGUGGCAGAAUUCUUAAUAAUAAGGGGAGCAAAUAUACAUGUGUCUGAUGACCGGCAAAGAACGACAUUAAUGUAUGCUGUCAAAUCCGACUCAAAACAUAUUGUUGAUCUUCUGCUGAAGCGUGACAUUGAUGUAUUUUUUAAAGACUCCUUCGGCUGGAAUGCAGUGAGAUAUGCUAUUAUGGGUAACCGUAAAGUUGCCCGUGCUAUUUUAGACUGUCAAGAUUCAAUAAUUAGGCAUGUCCGAAGGUCCAAUCAAGCAUAUGCUUCUGAAGAGUUCUCUAUGUACAGAACUCUCACUGAAUCUUCUUCAGGAAUUACCUUGUUUACACCACUUAGGGAUAGGGUUAGUGCCCUCAUCAAGGCUAUGUCUGGGAAUAGAGCAGUGAAGGAAGAACCCAGUAAAGCUCUCCCUCUACAUGGGGCAAGAAAGGAGGAAGGAAACCCUGAAAAUGGACCAGAGGAAGCUGUGGACCCUUUGCUGAAGACAUAAACUUCAUGCUGAGUUCUAGCUCAGAGGCUUCUUCAUCGCACGUGUUUAAGAAGUUGCCUCUUUGGAUCCAUGACUCAAGACAGCUCAGUGUUUAAAAAUUCACCUUUUUGGACCUGUGGGUCAUGUCACUUCUUGAUUACUGAGUUGCCUAUCUGUGCUGGUGAGUAAAGUCAGGCCAU